ACUGUAAAAACAUUUGUGGCUGCAUAGUUGUAAUGGCCUUGUAGAGCAUGCGGAAAAAUAAAUGUAAACACUGUCUGCUCUUAACCGCGCCUAGUUUGUUUUUUAAUUUUGCGUACAUGUCAAGAUUAUUACAGCGAUUUAUGGUUGCCGGAGCCUGAUGCAUCCAUGCAGUCAGACCCUGGGUCUCGUCGCACAAGCGGUGUUCGGCAUCCUGCUGUUUCUGUGCGGCUUCUUCCCGCUCAGGGUUCCUGAUGGACGCGUCGCAACCUUGGCCGACUGGCCUUCUCAAGUCGGCGACGUACAACUGCCGGUCGAGGAGGAGGCGCACGGGCGGGUGGUGGGGAGGCUGGUGCUGAUGGUGGUUGACGCGCUGCGCUGGGACUUCGUCGCGGGUCCCGCCGGAGCCACCAGCAUGCCCUACGUGAGCUCGCAGCUGGGGCGCGGCGACUCUUGCCUGCUGCAAGCGAGGGCGGACCCCCCCACCGUCACCAUGCCCCGGAUAAAGGCCCUGACGACCGGCUCGGUGCCCGGCUUCGUGGACGUGGUCCUGAACCUCGGGAGCCCGGAGGUGGGCGAGGACAGCCUCGUGGGGCAGGCGGUCGCCCACGGCCUCAAGGUCGUCUUCUACGGCGACGACACCUGGCUCAAGCUGUUCCCCCGCGGCUUCGCCAGGAGCGAGGGCACGUCGUCCUUCUUCGUCAGCGACUACACGGAGGUGGACGACAACGUGACCCGGCACCUGGCCGCGGAGCUGGGCGCGCCCGACUGGGACCUCAUGGUGCUGCACUACCUGGGCCUCGACCACAUCGGCCACCUCGAGGGCCCGGCCAGCCCGCUGGUCGCCCCCAAGCUGCGGGAGAUGGACGCCGUGGCCCGGCAGAUACACUCUCGUCUGCGGCAGUGGGGCGAGUCGACCAACCGGACGGCGGCGGUGGUGAUCUGCGGGGACCACGGCAUGAAGGACUCGGGGAGCCACGGAGGAGCCUCGCCGGCCGAGGUGCUGGUCCCGAUCGUCACGCUGGGCCUCGGCUGCCCGGGCAGCAGCAGGACGGCGGAGCCGGUGGGGCAGAUAGACCUGGCGCCCACCCUGUCGGUGCUGCUCGGCCUGCCGAUACCCGCGGGCAGCCUCGGCAAGCUGGUCCCGGGGCUGCUGAGGGGCCUGCCGCCGUCGAGGCAGCUGCACGCGCUCCUCUACAACGCCCGGGGCCUGGCGGCCAAGUUCCGGGGCCACGUCGCGGCGCACAGCACGCACGAAGGCUGGAUGGCGUUCGAGGACGCGGUGCGGCUGCACUCUGAGUGGCUGGCGGCUGGGGGGCGCUCCGACGGGGCUCUGUUCCGCAGGGCCCUCGGCCUGUACUCCAUCGCCGCGGAGGAAAUGAGCGCCGUCCUGGCAGGCUCGCUGGUGGAGUUUGACGAGUGCGCGCUGGCGGUCGCCUCCGCCUUGCUUGCCCAGGUGUGCCUGCUGCUGUUGUUCGCCGGCCCCGUGCCGUGCCCUGGCAGGGGCGAGUGCCUGCUGUCAGCGCUGCUCCUGGCGGGGAACGCCCUGCUCUGCGCGGCCGGCCGGUGUCGCAGCGUCCUCUGUGCCGCGGCCUCCUCCCUGCCCGGCGCGCUGGUCGCGGGAGCCGCCUUCUUCCUGCUGGCCUGCAACUCCGUGCGGCUGCUGAGGCACUCGCGCUUCAGAAUGGAGCUGCCGAGGGGCGCCGCGCCGCGCUUCCUGGCGGCGGGCACCGCGCUGCACACGGCCAGCCUCGCGGCCACCAGCUUCGUGGAGGAGGAGCACCAGACGUGGUACCUCCUCUGGCCGACGCUCGUGCUGCUGGCGUCCCCGCGCGCCCCGCUCGCGGCCUCGCUCGCCGCCCUGGCCUCGCACCGGGCCCUGCGCGCGCUCAACCAGACCGGCGACAAGUGGUCCGCCCUGCCGGACCUCCACGACUGGCUGUCGCUGCCCGGCCGCGAGCGCUACCUCCUGGCCGUGUUCGUGGCAGGUUUGCUGGGCUUGCUGUGCUGCUGUUGGUUCCUCAUGCCGUCCAAAGACACGAGAGCGCUGUCCUUCGUUGCGGUAUUAAGUGUGUUCUGCUACCGCGCUGCAGUUGGCAACAUUAGCAUUUCCUUCUAUCCUCAGUCAAGGGGCGUGGUGGAGGCGCGAGUGUUCUGGGGCGCGCUGUGCGCCCUGCUGGCGUCCGGCGCCUAUAGGGGCCGGGCUGGGGCUGGCCACCUGGCGGGCUGCUGGGCCCUGGCGUCCGCGCUCCUCCACCGGCCGCACAACGCCGUGCUGGUCCCAGCGCUCGUCCUGUUCAGCAGCCACGCCCACCACGCGCUCUGGCGCGACCCCCCGCGCUGGGCCUCCGUCGCCCACGUCUGGCUGGGCCAGCUCUUCUACUUCUACCAGGGUAACUCCAACAGUUUCGCGAGCAUAGACGUGGCGGCGGGCUACGUCGGCCUGCAGGACUACCACCCUUACUUGGUCGGAGCGCUCCUGGUGAGCCACACGUACUCCGCUCCCGUGCUCUCGUACCUCCUGCUCCUCAGCGGCCUGGACAGGAGGCACCACGCCAGUGACCUCACCAGGGAGGGAGGCGCAGCAUGGGGAGAAGCGUGCCGCGCGGUGGCGUGCGCUCGCGUGCUGCCCCUGGCCGUGUACGCCGCCCUCACGACCUGGCAGCGCCACCACCUGUUCGUGUGGACGGUGUUCUCGCCCAAGCUGCUCUACGAGGCCGUGCACACCGCCGUCACCGCCGUGCUGUUGCUGCUCACGGCGGCGUGCUUCCAGGUGAAGUAAAAAUAUGGUUUGCUGGGUGUACACACAAAAAUAAAAUAAAAUUUUAACUUUUGUUGACUA